UGUUGGAGGAAACGGAAACUCAUACUGUCUCUCUGCUGAUCUCUGCUGAUCUUAUGUUGCCCAAGAGUAACUGAUAAUCUACCGAUGUUUAAUUUUCUAACUAACUUUUCAUAAGACAUGGAGAUAAAGGACUACAGUGAGUGAUUCUGAACCCUACUGCUGAGGUCACUACGGAAAUCCAGAAACUGAAAUCGACCUUUGGGCCGGAGGAGGAGACCAGCAGCUGUUUGAGAGAAUGGCAUCUUUAAGCUCUCUACCAGAGGAGGACCUUUUAUGCUGUGUGUGCUGUGACAUCUUCAGGGAUCCUGUUCUACUGUCAUGUAGCCACAGUGUGUGUAAAACCUGUCUGCAGAAGUUCUGGAGGACAAAAGGAUCUCUAGAAUGUCCAGUUUGUAGGAGAAGAUCCUCAAGACAAGAGCCUCCACUUAACCUGGUACUGAAGAAUGUGUGCGAGGCUUUGAGAGAGAGAAAGAGGCUUCAGGGAUCUUCAGCAGGGUCUGAGGGGCUCUGCAGUCUGCACCAUGAGAAACUCAAACUCUUCUGUUUGGAUGAUCAACGGCCUGUCUGUUUGAUGUGUCAGACUUCAAAUGAACACAAAAACCACAAAUGCUGCGCAAUAGAUAAAGCUAUGACUGAUUUUAAGAAUAAACUCAAGUCUGCUUUGAAGCCUCUACAGAAGAAUCUGAAAGUCUUGAAGAAAGCUAAACAAAACUAUGACCAAACAGCAGCUCACAUUAAGAUGCAGGCCCAGCACACAGAGAGGCAGAUAAAGGAGGAGUUUGAGAAGCUUCACCAGUUUCUAAGAGAUGAAGAAGCAGCAAGGAUAGCUGCACUGAAGGAGGAAGAGGAGCAUAAGAGUAAGAUGAUGAGGAGGAAGAUUGAGGAGAUGAAUGGAGAAAUAUCAUCUCUUUCAGACACAAUCAGAAACAUAGAGAAGGAAAUGGAAGAUGAGGAUGUUACGUUUUUACAAAGCUUCAAGUCUACAGAGAAACAACUUCAGCUCACACCAAAGAGUCCAGAGAAGACAUCAGGAGCUCUGAUCAAUGUAGUGAAACACAUUUCCAACCUGAAGUUCAGAGUGUGGGAGAACAUGCAGGAGAUUCUCCAGUACACUCCCGUUACUCUGGACCCCAACACUGCACAUCCAGCCAUCCGCCUGUCUGAUGAUCUCACUGCUGUAGAAAACACAAACCAGAGAUCGUCACUUCCUGAUAAUCCAGAGAGGUUUCACGAGUCUGUUUGUGUUCUGGGUUCUGAGGGUUUUAACUCAGGGACACACUGCUGGGACGUCCAAGUUGGAAACAGUGAAAACUGGUCACUGGGUGUGAUACCAGAGUCUGUAACAAGGAAAGGAGACUCUUUUUGGGAUUUAGUGUGGAGGCUGAACUUCAGUAUAGACAGAGGUAAACACUGGAUACGCUGCCCAGGUGAACCACGUCAUUACCUCACUCCUAAAGAGAAGCUGCAGAGGGUCAGAGUGCAGCUGGACUUGGACAGGGGGAAAGUGACCUUCACUGAUCUUCUAACAAACACACACCUGCACACUGUAACACACACUUUCACUGAGAGAGUUUUACCGUUUUUCUGUAAUGUUUCUGCUCGUCCUCUGAGGAUCUUACCAGUGAAGACGUCAGUAACAGUGGAACAGCACAGUUAAAGUUGAUGCUGCUUAGAAUGAACAUUUAUUCAGGUAGUGAGUGUCUGAAUUAUGAUCAUAAGAAUAUGUCACUACAUGUAUAUUUUAAAUAAUGUGUUUGUACCAUUCCAUCCUAACAUGUCUGUGUGGAAAUAAAAUGCUGAUUUAAAGUG